AUGAAGUACCUACCUCUUGAAGAAGACGUGGCUACCAAGCUUCACGUGCGUUAUUGCUUCGGUCAAUUCUUGUUUGGGUGCUUAAGAUUAAACAUUUCAAUUUAAAAUGCUCAUUUUAAGGAAUUGAUGAUGGACGUACAGUUGAAACGUAAAAAGAGGAAAUUGUUGAAACGAAAGCUGGGCCCCAUUGAUGGAGCAAUCGACAAAGGUAAGAGAGGCUAGAUGAUCCGCGCUGGUAUGCUCCGAAGUUUAAUACAGCUGUCCGUUGAAUCUGCCUUGAAUCCUAUCACAGUUCAGUUCAAUUUUGCAGGCCCGAAAGCAAAGAAACAAAAGGGUACAAAGAAAAGUCGAGGAAAGUUAGAAGAAAUUGUUAACAAGGUCGAACAAGGUACACCAGAAUUCUUUUGCCACAAUAUUCUAUCUUAGCUUACGUUUGGGUAAUAAUGUUCUGAACUGUUUUACUACUUAUCCAUCAUAAUCAAGCACCAGCUCUUCAAAACGUGUGCAGGUUUUCAGUGGUAAAUUAAUGGACUGAUCAUGAAUGAAUAUAAUUGGUUCGAAGCCGAUUAAUAAUUCUUUUUAUUAUUCCUUUUUCUAGAAAAUGGUGAUCAGGUUUCGACCAAUGAUGAGUCGCAGCCUGAACAAAAUGGUAAGUAGUCAUGAUUAAUCACAAAGUAAUAUGCUGCAAAAUUACUUGGUAUCAUCACAGGUAGCCCAAGCUCGAAAUAUGAGCAUCACAUGAUGCUCAUAUUUUGAGUUUGGGCUACCAGUGGUAUCAUUUUUGAACAAACCCAUUAUCUUUAAUGAGGUAACCUGUUACAAUCAAACCCAGUUAAUACAGACACUGAGGGGACCAUAGAAAGUGUGCGUAUGGAAGCCAGUGGCUUCGCCCCAUGGUGAGUUCACCCUCAACUAGUUUGCCCCAUACCACUGAUCAAUCAUAUUAGCACAUAGUGAAAUAGCCUCAUUUAGAGUUUACACCACAAUCCAUCACCCAUUUCAAUUUUAACUACCGUACUCACCUUGUACCAAAAGAUUGUUUUGAUGUAAACCGUUAUCGGCUGAAGCUUUCCAUACUUGACAUAACCUUACUUUUCCAACUUUUUGCAUGUGAAGUGUCGGCAGAGGUCAGUUGUUCGAAAUGGCUUUAAUUGAUCCAGUUUGACUCAAUUUCACUUCACUCUUUGAUUACAAACGCAACUUAAACAUUUUAAAGGGGAUGCUGUUUUCACGCAGUUUUUUUUAUCAAGGUCAUUGAUUUCGAGACAACAGUUACGGCCAACCAACCAUAAAAUUUCCUAACUUUGAUUAGAGAUUUCCUUCGAUAACCUAAGCCAAUUCACAGGUAUGCUUUAAAUAAAAUGUAAAUGUGUGAUUUGACUAGAGUUUGGAGUUAUACCAUUCCAUGGUGAACUUAGAAAGUAGGGGGCGAACUUGUAGGGGGCUAAUUCACUAGGGGAUGAACUCACUGAUAUCUGUCCGUAUUAACAGGGUGUCCUUAUUAAGCAGGUUGAGUUUUGAGAAUAUGUAGGGGUUUUCUUUCCCCAGGGAUAAAGCAAACUGUCCGUAAUAAUGAGGUGUCCGUAUUAAGCGGGUGUUUAUAAAGUGGGGUUUGCCUGUAUUUUUUUAAAAUUUGUAUUGAAGUGCUGAUCAGUAGACAUUUGUUUUGAAUUACUCUUUUUUGGUAAUUUCAAUUAUCAAUUUCCUUUUGAAAACAGACCUCUUUUUCUGUGCAUUUUUUAAAAACUAUCUCAGAAGUUUAUUAGUUCAACACUGAGAUUUUAAGAUUAUAUGACAACUUCAGUUGCUAUGACAACUUAAACAGUAAACUGUACUCAGUUCUUAGUAGACAUACAGUGACUAGUAAUGAUUUUUUCUGAAUCUUUUAAUGUAGGUACCAAAUCCACUCGUAUAUCAGAUGGUGAUAGCUUAGAGCCUGCCACAAAAAAGAAAAGGACUUCAUAUGAGAGUGUGAGCUUACCUGAAGGUAGGUACAGUGUAGUGUUAAGUUACAUAUACAGUACAAUGCUGUUAAUACAAACACCAAGGGGACAUCUGCCAUAGUGUCCGCUGGGUGUCCAUGUUAGGUAGGGUCUCUAAAAAAAAUGUCAUGGACACGUUUUAUUGAUAUAAAGAUGCAAAGGAUCAAUGACUGAAGCAAAAAGCCAAGGUAGUGGAGCUUGGGUUCUGAUAGGAGAAGGAAAACUUUAUUAACAGACUACAGUAAAUGGGUCAAACAUCUGAAGAAAGGUGGACUAAUUAAAGAGGCCCUGUUAGGGUUAAAUUCCCACAAGUGACAUGGCUAUAAAACUGCGACACAAGACAAGAUGAAGUAGUAACAAACAACAUGAAGAUGAGCUAAAUACUGACAGGGACAUGGCUUUCUCUUCAAAACAUGAAACAAUUGUAUUUGAAAUUCAGACUAGGGGCAUAUGUAACCCAGUUAAAGGGGCCUCAUCAAAAUCAAACAUGUCCCAAUUUUUUGAUUAUGUUUUGUUAAAAGUACAGUCAAAGCCUGCUAAUACAAUGUACGGACACUGAAGUGUCUGUAUUAAGUGGGUCAUGUUUUUAAAGUCAAAAAUACACCUUUAAGUUGAUCAAAAUACUACAGAUUCUGAAGUAAAACAGGACACUAGCAUCAUCAAACUAAACACCUCUAAACUUCACCACGCUGUUAUUCCACGGACUGCUCCAUGAAAACACUCAAAAGUCUCGAGUCGCUCAUUAUACAUUACGUAAUCAAAAACCGUUCUCUCCACAGGGGGGUUCGAUUUUAAUAAGAUCAUGUUAAUUACCUGUUGAAAUCUUUCAUUAUUUGAACAGGGUACAGUGUCUACUCUAAGUACAUAAUAAUUUUUAUGACUUAAAUAUAAAAGGCGGUUAGUAGAUAAGCAGUGUCCGUAAAGUGGGAUUGAUGACAUAUGAAAGUUGGUGUCUGCCUGACCUGGGACACAGAAAAGUGUCUGUUGUUGGUAUUAAGUGGGUUAAUUUUAGAGAAAAUAUAUGAGCUUUUCAUCGUGUCAAACAAGACUGUCGGUUAUAUAUAUAUAUAUGGGUGCUGUACAUGCACAAAUUUAUACUUCUAUUGGUUAAGGUAGUGGUACAUAUAAAUUACCUGCACUGGCAACCCAGUUGUCCAGAGCUUACUGUAGAUUACCCUUUUGUCAAAAUUUAUUUUUAAAAAAGGCAAAAAAAAUUAUCAAAAGUGUCAUACAAAAUAAUGUAAUCCUAAAGUGGUCUCAUUUGAAUGGUUACAUCCACAGGGUGUUCAGGGCUCGAACUUAACUUUUUAGUCCACUAGCAAAGUUUUGCUAGUAAGAUUUUUCUUUACUAGUAAAAGUAGGAAUCUCACUAGCUAUAUUUCAAUGCAGCCAUUUUCCCUUUGAGGACUAAACCAAUGUAAAGAUUAAUUUCAGCGAUCUGAAAAUUAAAAAUAAAUUGAAAAAAAUGUGUAUCAAAGCGUUAAUUUUGUGGUCUCCUUUGCCGCUGUCCUGACAUCCACCACCUAUUUACUGCAGCCCUUGGGUGAUAAUCAGCUUGUUUCUUUGGCCCCUCAAUUUUUACUCUCAUCAGCAUGUCCAUGGUAUCGUUCCCCAGUGUACAACGCCAGUCUGACUUGACCCUUUUCAUUGUGGAAAAUCCUCGUUCACAUGAGGCAUUAGCCAAGGGAUAUACUGAUGUUAAAUGGAUAACCUUCAUGAUGUUGGAAUAGUUAUUCCUUUCUACAUCCUCCUGGCUGAUUCUCUGCCAUAGACUCAGUGGGUGUAAAAAUCGAGGUCGAGGGCCUCUUAAAAAAUGCGGUUAUUUUAGACAUAUCUUCAAACAAAAGCUGAAAACCUCACAAAGAUGAAAAUCACCAAAUCAACUCUGUGCUCACCCACGAAGAACGCAAACGCGCAGCUAAAUUGAGCAUAGGUUAUACAUAAAACCACUGACCAGUGACUGACAUGAAACCUGCAUUCUUUCUCGUAAUACUCAAUGUUUUCGUGGUUUUUUGCCACAAAAUUCUCCAACAGCGUUUAUUUUUUUAAUCGAAAUUCUACUGGAAAAAUACCGGUACUCGCAAAUGUUUGCUAGAGGAUAUUUUUUAGACUCGCAACUUCAAAAAACCACUCGCAUUUCGCGAGUUUGCGAGUGCUAAUUUCGAGCCCUGGGUGUUGUUCACAAACAUAGUUCUAAGUAAUGUCAGAAGUACUUUUCUUGUCUAUAUGAAUGUUAACUGUGUCUGCAGGGUUGUCACUAAGAUUUCAAGUUGCCGAGUAAAUACAACAGGUAGGCAGGGAAUCAAACGGCUAGGGAUUUCUUUUGGUUCUAUUUUUCUUCCAUUUUCCAAUAAAAGUAGCCCCGGGCCACACUCUUAGUAGCCGGGGAAAACGGCCCCCGGCUCUUGAUGACAACCCUGGUCUAUGAGCAGUUACCCUAAGCAAGGCCUUGACAAUGUAUUACAUGCACAUGUAUUUGGUCCUUGAAUCUUUUUACCAAAGAGUGGGAAAAAUAAUUGAGUUGAUGCUUUUUUAUUGAUUUUUUUUUUCAGAUGUGACAGUUCCAGGUAGUAAAGAGUUCAAGUCACUUGAAGGAUUUGUGAGUGACAAGACACUCAAUGCAAUUUCUGACAUGGGCUUCACUACCAUGAUGGAAAUACAGCAUAAGAGUAUUGUACCACUGCUGAAAGGAAGGUACAUUGUUGUUCUGGAAAUUACUAUACUGUUACAGCUGACAUUUCACAACGCCAGCACUGAUUUCCACUCGAAAUGAUGUCUGAGCACAUGUGCAGAGAUUCCAUACUACCCAGAUCUGCAGGGUUGUCACUAAGAUUUCAACUUGCCGGGUAUAUGCAGUUAGAAGGUGGGGAACUGAACAGCCAGGGAGUUCUUUUGGUCUCAUUUUCCUUUUGUUUCCUAGGAAAAUAGCCAGGGGUCAUGCUCAUAGUACCCAAGGGAAAUCCCUGGCCCCUGGCCCUUAGUGACAACCCUGCAGAUCUGGGUACUGCUUCUGAUUGGACAAAGAAAAUUUUCGACCAAUCAAACUCACUACCCAGAUCUGGGUAGUGAUGGGUCAUCAGUAUGGACAUUUUAUGCUUAUUCCUCGGCAUCAUUUUGUGGGGAAACAAGUGGUGGCAUCAUAAAAAGUUGGCUGUUUUCUUAAGCUAGAAAAAAUGGACUUCAGUAUAACUCAAGUCAAAAGAGGUGCAUGAAAUAAGGCCCUGGGUGACACUAGUUGUUUUUAGUGCCAUUUUGUGUGUGUUUAUCCAGUACCACCCACAUUCCCUCGACAAGAACACCUCUAUGGAAAUUAUUGCAGUAGUUAUGAGCUGUUUGACGUUUGUAGAAUUUAAGGUCAAUUUUGUUUGUAGGUCUUGUGGCAAAAUAAUAAUGUUCUAAGCAAAAUUGGAUCCAUAUGGGUUGAGAUCUUUAAAUGAACAGCUGCCACUGAAGAUUGCAGUUUUAUAAAUUAAUAUAAUGCACCAAAGGGUCAUUUUGAAGAAUUUUGAACAGCUGCCGAACACCUUAAGAAAUUAUGUUUCUGAAAGGAAACAAGAGCUAAGAAACUGAGAGAAUCAAGUUUCAGUUUAGUUCACCCUAUAUAGAGUGGUUUUCGUUUGAGUGUCGUAAAACCAAAACCAAAGUAAUUACUCUGGCCAAUCACAUAGGACACAGACAAUACAUUGAACCAAUCAAAACUCGAAGUAAUUACAUGUGGCUGACACAAAGCACGGGAAAAUGCAUGCGAGCGCGUCACAAUUGGCUUUGGUUUUACUUCUGAUUGGAUGAAAAGGUGGCGCGAAUCUUUUAAGCCAAUCGCAUCGUGUAGAAAGUGCAAAACCAAUUACUUUUCGACACUUAAAUGAAAACCGCUCUAAUGACCCUAACUGGAACUUAAUUCACUCCGUUUCCUUGCCUCAGUCACUAAAACUUAUUCAUCAUUUGGCUUUUGGUAGCUGUUUAGCAUUCAGCAAAAUGCUCCUGACCUACAAUGCCUGCUUCAACUGUAUGUACACUUCAAGUUUUGUGUUCUGCACAAAAUGUAAUUACCUUCUAAAACGCAACAUUAUUGUUAAAUUCCAGUGUCGUAUUGCUCUAGCCCGCAAUAAAGCUUUCUAUUAUGAGGAUUUUGUGAACAGACAUGCACGAGCAGCAGUCCCAGGCUAUUUCAGUAUUACUCAUUAAGUGUUGAUUUGCAGGGAUUUGCUUGGUGCUGCAAGAACUGGCAGUGGAAAGACAUUAGCAUUUCUCAUACCGGCUGUGGAGCUGCUGUACAAGCUAAGCUUUAAGCCCAGAAAUGGUAUGUCAAUUCAUGGAGUCUGCAUGUUUCCCUGGUAGUGAGUAGAGAACAGAAUACAAAAUUGUAUAUUUUUUCCAACGAUUCAUUGUAGGUUAUGAUUCCAGAAUGUCAUCUCAAAGUCAACUUAAGUUGGUAUAGAUCUGUGUUAAUUGCACCGUGAACAGAACCCAGACAGACAUUGAAUGCAGGCAGUUGUGCCACACAACACAGACUGACAUCUGGUCUAUUUUUGUUUUAGUUUUUGCUUUGUUUUUUUGCUACUUUAAGAAGCUGUGUCAUGAAACGUAAUAAAAUUCAAACUGAACACAAAAAUAGCUACUCAAAAUAUUAAAAGAAGGUGUAAAUACAUGUAGCACAGAAAAUACAAAAUUAAGCACAGAUGGACAGACUUGAUGAAGAUCAAAAUGGAUUGCAAUAGUAUUAUUGUGGUGUUUAAAAACUUAUUAGGCAGCCUAACAGUUUUUCAGAGUUCAUUUUCGUUGUCUGUAACAUUUGAUGUUAUGCAUGUGAGACAUAUUUGGGUGACACAAAGCUGUGAUUUUGUUGUUUACAAGUAGUUUCUUCACUGAUGUUGAGGUCCAUAGGAGAAAGUGCUGCCUUUGCAAUGACAUCUGCAAAUGGUUAGACCUUCUAGUCUUCUCAGAUAAGGAUGAAAAACCGUAGGUCCCAUCUCAGAGCACUUUCACUUAUCUGGUUCUUGUGGGAUGUGAAAGAACCCACACAACUAUUCCAAAAGAGUAGGGGAAAUAGACCCUGGUAGUGUGGUCAACCCUUUCUAGGCUGGGUGGGUUACAUGUAUCUGUAAGGACUCACUUACAUGUAAAUAAAUUGGAGCCCCACUCUGUUGCGUGUUCCACACCAUAUUAUGGUGAAAGUGAUUAAAUAAUUAACGACGCCUAAUUGGCAAUAUCAAUGAAAAAAUAAACUAGACGGCCAUGACACAGCUCCUUUAACUUGUUACAUUGAUUUUUAUUGAUUUUUACAUACAGGUACUGGAGUCAUCAUAAUUUCGCCCACAAGAGAGCUCUCCCUUCAAACAUACGGCGUUGCACGAGACUUGCUCAAGUACCAUAGCCACACAUUUGGGAUUGUAAUGGGCGGGGCCAACAGGAAGGGUGAAGCUGAACGACUACAGAAAGGAGUUAAUUUACUUAUUGCAACCCCGGGAAGAUUACUGGAUCACCUACAGGUGCGUGUUAAAUAGGCCCUUUGUAGCUUGUUAAUCACGCAGUUCAAAACUGCCAUGCCUAAAGGCAAGGGACACACUCUUGUCUAUGUAAUGAUAAAAUGUAUUACACGGGCGGGUUGCCUAAGAAACUUACAAAAUUCAGAAUAACUGUUCAAGGGGGGCAAACAGACCACAAGGAUAAAAAGAAUAAAUCAUCCAUGUAACAGUGCUUACAAAGAAAUCCUGAUGAACGGUCUGAAAGAUGGAAAUGGCGUGAUGACGGCGCAUUUUUCAUCUCAGGAAUGCGAGUCAAUACUUAACUCCAAGUUGCAAAUCAGAUUCAUCGAGGUUUUGAUUGUCAAGAAAAAAUGAUGAAUCGAUUUGCGAACACUCGUUCUUCCUAAAAGUCUUUAGUACUGUUAUGAGGUGGUGAACAUUUGUAUCCUUUUUUGAAUGAGUUAAUGCAGUGUGAAAUAUAGUGUGAAAAAAAUAGGCGGUUCUGUAUCUGUUUUACAGAAUACACAAGGAUUUAUCUUCAAAAACCUCCAGUGCCUGAUAAUAGAUGAAGCAGACAGAAUUCUUGAGAUUGGAUUCGAAGAGGAAAUGAAACAAAUUGUCAGACUUCUGCCAGGUGAAUGUCCAAAAUGUUGUUACAUAUAAAGAACUUGUGCCUGUGUUGUGUAUAUAAUAAUGUUAAUCCAGUUUGUCUUAUUCGUUGUUCUCCUAAAUACAGGUUCGUGCGUUCUGCACGAGUCUGUGAAACGCGGUUAUUGUAUAAGAAGUUGUCAUUGAUAUUUUAGUCAGUCAAUUUUGUAAAAGUUUGGUUAAGUUUCCUACAGUAGCGCAAACUAGUUCCCCCAAGCUAAUCGCUGGAUCACUGUUUAUUUAGUUCGAAGGCAGACGGUGCUGUUCUCAGCUACGCAGACGCGCAAUGUUGAAGACCUUGCGCGCGUGUCACUCAAGAAAUCUCCCCUUUACGUGGGAGUUGAUGAUGACCGAGAGACGUCAACAGUUGAAGGGCUCGAACAGGUAACGUGAAAAUGGACCUUUCUCAGCUUAUCCGCGCAUGCUACAACAACGCUGUGAGACUUGUCAGUUUUGGGCUCAUCGAUUUAGUUUUUGCAGGCUUUUAGUCAACAAGUGAGAUUACACUGAUGGACAAUAAAGUUUAAACAUAGACUGCCUUGUUGUACACGUCCGCUAUUUCUCUGUAAUUUUCUUCUUUGCUCCCCUCUCCCAAAAAGUCAAAAGUCAACUCAAUUUUCAAAUUUCAUUUUCUACAAUGUUGAAAAACAAAUUGCUUUAUGUGAAAUAGCCUUCGAAAACAGCCGUUUCUCCUCGCUCUUCGCCGCCAGGCUACAUGUAUAUAUGUGAAAGUACUGUCAAGUAGAUUUCGCUUUAAUUGGUAACACAAAGAAACUUUCAUCCACAGACUCAAAAUUUAGAACCGCCUGUAAUGACUCCAUUAUUCACUCUGAGAGUUGAAGGGUUAUUUGUAACCUUCCCGAAUUUGACAGAGGCUUACUAGCGCUUGUGAGAGUACAGUAGUCCGAACCUUUUGCUAUUGAUACGUUGUGGUUGUUGUUUUUCUUGGUUUGUUUUCGUUUGACUAAAUGAAUCGGUUCGAUGAUUCAUCAUGAGUUUCCCUUUUUAGGCCGCGUCCACACUUAUCUUGCUUGUUGGGCUAAAAUGUAACGGUCUUGACUUUUACUGAGUAUGUCUCAAUUCACGUAUAUAUUUUUAACCAUGUAUAGGGAUAUAUAGUUGUUCCUUCAGAGAAGCGUUUUCUCGUGUUGUUCACGUUCCUGAAAAAGAACAGAAACAAGAAAGUGAUGGUGUUCUUUUCAUCCUGUAACUCUGUGAAAUACCAUUAUGAACUGCUUAACUACAUCGAUCUUCCAGUCGCACAUAUUCACGUAAGUAUAUUUGAAGUACUGUCGUUUUUGCCGUACAGUGUCAGUCUUUCCAGUCGCCAAUAUCAGUUAUAAAUUCGUCUUUCAUGCUUACAAAUAUUUCUUCCCCAGGAAUCAGGGAAACUGAAAAACACUAUUGUGUAAUAAAAAUUAGCGAUAAAAAGUGACGACGUUUUGACCUCUCUUAAGUCAUUUUUAAGUGCGAUUAAAAAUUAGCAUAAAUAUAGUACAAACUGUUAAAAAUAGUUUAAAAGGUAGAAUGCCAUGAACAAUAAAAUGCAAUAAAAUAUGUCAACGAUAAGUGAUAUAAUAUUUAUGAACUGGAAAAAAAAACAAAACAAUUAAGUAAUAAUAAGGCUACUUAAACGCCAUAUAACCAAAUAAUUUCGAGCGGAUAUAGAAUCGCACUGUUUGUUUAGUAUUUGUUUCAGUUCUUUGAUAAAACGCGUUUCAAAAAACAAGGCAAUCAAAUAAAAAAAGCUUCACGAAGAUGGUAGGGAACUUACGAAACCAUGACGACAACGGUAACGUCAAAAAACAAUAGGUUCUAUGAGCAAACCAACAACCCUCGCCUAUUUUAGGACAUUUUCGUUUGUUUCUGUAGGGAAAGCAAAAACAACAGAAGCGUACCACGACAUUUUUUGAGUUCUGCAAUGCCAGUUCAGGGACCUUGUUGUGCACAGAUGUGGCUGCGCGUGGCCUGGAUAUACCGGAAGUAGAUUGGAUCGUCCAAUUUGACCCUCCCGACGAUCCCAAGGUAAGGAUCCUUCAAACGCUAUUAAGAGGUUCCUCUGUACGUUUUUCGUGAAGCGUGAUCGCGGCUAUUUUUUUUCUCUUGAAACGUGAUUUUAGGUUCUAUUUAUUCGUAAUUCGUGAUUGCGCCUCUAAAAGCAGAUUUGUGAUUAAUCGUGAAAUAACUGCAUGUCACAAUGAAUCGUGCCGUAAGGCGAACGAGCCGAUACCCUACUAUCGUGACAUGUGAAUGAAGACUUGACGUGAUUCGUGAACUAUAUUGGUUUGCGUGAACUGAUUGUUUGUAAUUUGGCCCAUUUUAAGCCGAUAUAGGCAAAGAGAUUGGCAAAAAAUGAAGUCGUAGCAUGUAAACCUGCCUUACAGCAGAUCGUUAGAAGUAUUGCCCAUACUCUAACAUUUCAUUGAGAUUUCAGAGAAAGCGAAUUACCUUUGAAGUGUUAACAGAUUAGUUGAUAGGAAACCCUAAUCCGUGAAACGUGAAUUACUUGAUUUUACUUGAAUGUGAAGGGUAUUCGUGCCGCGUGGAAAGUCUCAAAAAGUAUUUUGCAAAGGGGUGUAGGGACACCUUUAUUAAUCCAUUUGAUCUCCUAGUCUCAGUCAAAAUUGUUGGGACACUUUACUGUCUUCUUGCCCUACCAAUGUUAGUCUGAAAGAUUUGAUGAGUUAACUGCGAUAAACAACAUUGGGAGGUCGAGGAGAAGGGUCAGAAGUAAAAAACAGCCUUCGGUGGAAGUACCCCAACUAUUUUCCUUCUAUGUAGCCUUUGAGACCGACGAAGAUACAAAACAUUCCCGUUUAAAAUCAUUUGUCAUACCAUAUGCUUACUAUUACUGUAAGUUGCUCCAACGUUACAGUUUCAUUCCUGAACUUUUAACUCCGCACUUUUCAUGGCACAAUCUUUCUUUGUGGCCUUAUGAGAGUCUCAUAGAGCCUCAUAAGGCCACAUACAAGGACGUUGCGUCCAGAGUCAGACCUGAAACGAAACCCUAUCCGAGACCGUCAUGCCAUAUGCUAUCUCUCUUAUAGGAAUACAUUCACCGUGUUGGUCGGACAGCACGUGGGAAUGAAGGGCGCGGUCAUGCCUUACUUCUCCUAUUACCAGAGGAACUUGCAUUUUUGAGAUAUCUCAAGCAGGCUAAGGUCAGUGGAACAAAACAAAGCUUUGGUAAAAAAGGCCUGGUCUUGAAGGCUACUAAGAUCAUCUACUACAGUUCUCUUAUGCAAAAAGGUGAACCCAUUUCGUACUUAACCCCGCAUUGACUUGAGGGACCGUUAAACGCUUUUUAUACUUAGGAGUAGUAAAUGUUUCUGAACUUGACAAGGGUCUAAGUUUAAAACCGUUUUCGUUUAAAAAACAAACAAACAAACAAAACAAAACAUUCUUUUCGAAAUGACAGAAAAUGAAGAAGACAUGAAAAGAAAAAUAUCUAUGUUCUGCAAAUUAAAGAAGGUGAGGAAGAGGUGAAAUGCAAGGCCAGCAAUCGCUACAAAACUAGCUCAUCUCUAAGCGGCCUUGCAAUGUUCUAUUAGUUUUAUAAACACAAUUACAAUACCAAACCAUUUCAGUUUAAUAUUUUUUUGCUGCGAAAGGCCGAUUUUUAGCCAUAGGAACGGUGAUCUUUUCACGUGCGAAGAUAUGUUCUUUUCACGUGGUGAAGAUGUCAUGCUCCUUUCGUAUGUUCUUUUCACCUGCGUAGAGAUGUUCUUUUUAGGUGCGAAGAUAUCGUGUUCUUUUCACUUGUAAACAUAUCAUGUUUUCGCGCGUAUGUUCACCUUCUACGUCAUUGGUGUUUCGCAAACAUCUCUAUAGUAAGCGACAAAGGUACACGACAAAGUGGUCGCUUACGGGAGGUGGUAGUCUACGGCAAAAAUCAACAUAAAGAAGCUCAAACUGAACUUAUUGACGUAAUUAUAUAAAGUUAAUUACUUUGCAAGCUAAAACUUAGCCAAAUAGACAACUGGCAAGUCGCAAUAAUGUUUCACAUUGCCUAGCUCUUGAAACUGUUGAAGCUUUGAACAUAACAUUUAGCAUCAAUUUUACGACCACCGUUUUAACGUACGGAUCAUAUGACAGCCAUCUUUUUUGUAAGCCAACUGCUAUAAAUCUGUCAGCCCGCUUGGUCGACGCUUUUAAAAACUGAACUUUUGUGACAUUCGAGCAAUGGUCUUCUGUCAAUCAUGCGUGAUCAUUCCUGGUCGUCGCUUACGAGAAGUGGUCGCUAUGAUAGAUUUGACCGUAUAAUAAAUGCCUUCACCAUUUUUACCAUUGAAACAGAACCACAGAUUCUCAUUUCUUUUAGGUACCUCUCAACGAAUACGAUUUUUCAGCCUCAAAAAUUUACAACAUUCAGUCACAGGUAAGCUUGCUUUUUAGCGUUGUUUUUGAAAUUCAGUUUUGAGUUGACACUUUUUCCAAAUUAGGAGAGUGAACAGCUCGGCGAGUUUAAAACCUGUUUCCAAUGCCCUGUCCGCAGGCAUCCGGGUAUUUUUGAAAACGGAGAUGUGUGUCCGCACGUAAGCGGCGUUUUCAAGAACCAAAAAGGCAGGUUUUCGAAAACGGUCUCCAGAGUUGAGUUUUUGAAAACGUCGGCUUACCGUUUUCGUUUGAACGGACGAAAACGGAGGUUUUCGAAUACGAUGAUUUCAUACAUCAUAGAGGACAUGGCCUGUGAGGGAUGCCAUCGUAUUUCCAUUGCUUUGGUGUUAACGUGUGGACGGGCGAAAACGAUUCUAAUACGCUCCGUGCGGACGGAUAUUUCUUUUCGAAAACAGAGAAAAAAAUUCUUCGUUUUCAAAAAUAUACGGAUACGUGUGGACAGGGCCUGAAAUGGCAAAGAAAACAUACAAAGGUCUAUUGCAUUUAAGUUUUCACCUAAAAGUAUUUUUUGUUAAAUUUGGUUUUCACGAGGCUUAAAACAGUUGUAUUUUCUUUCGUAGUUAGAAAAGUUGAUUGAAAAAAACUAUUACCUACACAAAUCAGCGCGGGAAGCUUACAGAUCGUACCUUCAGGCAUACGCUUCUCACCAACAUAAGAACAUCUUCAACGUGAACGCGCUGGAUCUUCAACGAGUGGCUCCUGCAUUUGGUUUUACUGUUCCACCACGUGUUAAUCUUAGUAUCCUUUAAGGAGUAUUUGGUUUUCAUCUUUCUCUCUUCCCUUUAUAGUUUGAAGAGGAGGUUUGUAUUAAUUUAAAGAAUGUGUUACACGUAAUUAGGCCGGAGCGCUAAGUACAGCUAAAUCUGCAUGCUAGUGUGCAAAUCGAACAAGCGUGCAACUGAAAACUCUUCUAUUAAAGCCCCUUUAAAUUAAGUAGGCGCCAAUUUCAGUGUUUAUUUUAGAUACUACUUAACAGCAACGCCUCGUUAACAAGAAAAAUAGGAUCAAUUAGGUUUCUGGGAAACUGCCCACCUACCCCUCCCCUUAGCCAACAUUAACACUUAUUUCUCACUUAGGACAAAAUGUUGGCCUAGGGGAGGGGUAGGUGGUCAGUUUCUCAGAAACCUAAAUUGAUCCGGAAAAUAGUUACAGUUAGCUCCUUAACCCACUGUAAUAGACGUCCACAGCAGCAAAGGCCAGCGAAUACAGAAACGGGGCGGAGGUGGAGGGUUUGGCGCCGGAUACAGAAGUGCUAAACUACAACAAAAAUCUAAGAUAUUUAACAAAAAGAAGAAAGCGGAUGCAAGACAGUUCAGCCGAUGAGGCAGGGGUGGAAGUGGAUAACCGAGUCUGAAAAGGAAAACACGAACGAAUGUUUUAGCACGAAGAGUUAUCUAUCGCUGAUUAAAAACUCCUUCUCUGUGCCUGCUGUUUACGUGGAAAUUGAAGAGGUUUUUUUAGCAGCUCGAGGCUUUCAAUUAACAAUUUGCUCAUGUGCUAAGUAUUCAUGGAAAUAAUGUUCGAGGCAUCACAUUCGUUCUCAUCUUGUCUCUAACCGAUAUUUGGUCAAGGUUCUAUCAAAUUGUUACCCUUUCAACAUGAUGUCGAGACUC